AUGGUCACCCUGUUAGAGAGCACACUGUCUAUGCUGAGCCUGAUCUUCGGUUUAUACAACAAGCAUCCUUCUCAUGAGACCCAAUUUGGAAGAAAUUUACGGAGUGUUGGUAUGAACUCAAGUUUGACCUCCCCAAGCUUGACAUCAGUUAAAAAUCAGUCACUCUUGAUGAACAACAUUGGGCAGUUACAGUUGAAUAAUAAUGCACAUUCAACAGCAGAUUUGGCAAUGGCAAGAGAUAUCAUAUUAAAAUCCCUUGUGUGUCAUGACUCUUCUGUCUGUGAAAAUACAAACAUCAAUAUGCAUCAUGGAAGAUAUGUGGUAUCCAAUGAUAUAAAUGGUCCUGGGAAUUUUGAUUUUCUCCCUGUAGGUGCUAGAGCAAGCAGAGCCAACUUAUCUACCAGUGUAUCGAGUCAAAUAUUGGAUCACGCAUCAGGAACAUUGCAGCAGAAACAGUCUCUAGUUCCGUUCAAGGUUCCCCAAUCUUCUGAAUUGGCUAAGAAAAUGGAGAAUCCUGAAAGUAGGCCAUUUCAAACUCCUUCAGUUCGAACUUCUGAUUCUGAUGGUCAGGUUUCUAACAGUUUCAACAUGGACCAAGAGAAUCUAUUGAGUAGGUCAAACAAUGUCCGACAAGACCAAAAGAUUAAUAGAUUUAGUGAUCCAAGUGCUAAUGUCAGCACGCAGAGAAUGAAGAACAGGGAUGGAUGUGAGGCAGGAAUGCCCAUUGAGAGAGCUUCCUCGUUGCUCGUGGAGCCUGCUGCAGAUAAUGACUUGUUUAAUAUGUUUGGUUCUGAAUUUCAUCAGUUCUCCCACAAUGUUGGUGCUGAUUUGGUCACCUGGAGUGGUACAGAGUCUCAGAAUUCAGAUAGAGAUGUCCCUGAGUCAUCAAUAUAUCUCAAUAGUUCACCCCUUUUCAGUUCACUAGACAAUGAGCUUCACUAUUCUGGUAUCUUAUCACUAACUGAUACUGAUCAGCUAUUGGAUGCUGUCAUCUCAAAUGUCAAUCCAACUGGAAAACAGUGUACUGAUGAUAGUGCUUCUUGCAAGACUGCAUUGACGGAUGUUCCUAGCACAUCUCAUCUUGGUUCAGUAGACUUGAAGAGAUGUGAGUCCUCCGGCAUGCCUUCCAUGCUAAUUAAGCACGAAUUGGCACAGUUUGUUAAACAGCCAUGUCUCUUUGAUAAAUCUGAGGAGGGUUGUCUUUCCCAAAAUAAUGGAAUGCACAAAUCUCAGAUACGUCUUUGGAUUGAGAGCGGUCAGAACAUGAAAUGUGAAAGUGCUUCGGCUUCUAAUAGCAAAGGUCUUGAUACUCCAAGCAAGGCAAAUCGCAAGAGAUCUCGACAAGAAGAAAGUCCUAAGCCACGACCUAAGGACCGGCAACUUAUACAGGACCGUAUUAAAGAGCUACGUGAGCUUGUACCGAAUGGGGCAAAGUGUAGCAUUGAUGGUUUGUUGGAGAAGACAGUUAAGCACAUGCUUUUCUUACAAAGUGUGACGAAGAAUGCAGACAAGCUCAAGGACUCUACUGAGUCUAAGAUACUUGGUAGUGAAAAUGGCCCCCUUUGGAAAGACUACUUUGAAGGUGGGGCAACCUGGGCUUUCGAUGUCGGCUCUCAGUCUAUGACAUGUCCAAUCAUUGUUGAGGAUCUUGACCGACCUCGUCAGAUGCUUGUGGAGAUGCUUUGCGAGGACAGAGGAAUCUUCUUGGAGAUUGCUGAUUUCAUCAAAGGACUUGGAUUGACUAUCUUGAGGGGUGUGAUGGAAAUGCGCAAAAGUAAAAUCUGGGCAAGAUUUACUGUUGAGGCGAACCGGGACGUAACCAGAAUGGAAAUCUUUCUAUCGCUUGUGCGCUUACUGGAGCCAAAUUGUGAUGGCAGUGGAGUGGCAGAGAACGCUAACAACAUGAACAUGCCUCUUGGUUUGGUGCGCCAACCUGUCAUCCCAGCAACAGGCCGCAUCUAA